AUGAGAUCUAUUGCUACUAGGAGUGAGACCCAGGACGUUGCUUGCUCAGUUCAAGGCGUCGCCCACAUUGCCCAAGGCGUCGCCCACAUUGCCCAAAUCUCACCCUUUGCGAGGAUGGAGCCUUCUAAGCCUUUAGUGUCGCCCACGACGCCUCCGAUGCCACAUGUGCACUUGACCCCCUUGUCGUCUUUGUCUCCUCCAUUGUUGGCUUCGACGUCGGUCCCUCCUGAGCCUCCGGUGGUUGUUCCACUACUCCUUGGGAUAUUGGGGGAGCCCAUGACAGAUUUAGUAGGAGUCUCCCUGAGUUCCUUUGAUUUUGAGACUCUUUUCAUCGAUUGA